AUGUUAAUUUAAUUUAUUCACAAAAUUUAUAUUAAUAAAAUUAACAAUGUCAUCACUUGUCAAAAAGUCUAAGGAUACAUACGAUUUACUGAUCAAACUAUUACUUAUUGGAAAUUCUGGUGUUGGCAAAACUUAAAUAUUAUUGAGAUACACAGAAAAUCAAUUUAAAAAUUCAUGUCUUAGUACAAUAGGUAUUUUUCAACACUUUCCAAUCUAUAAGGAAUCGAUUUUAAAAUCAAAAAAAUAUAAGUUGAUGAUAAAGUGAUCAAAAUGUAAAUUUGGGAUACGGCUGGAUAAGAGCGAUAUUAAACAAUCACUUAAACAUAUUACAAAGGAGCUAUGGGAAUAAUACUUGUCUUUGCUGUCAAUGAUUAAGAAACUUUUAAUGAUAUUGAUAAAUGGAUGAAUCAAAUUAAAUAACAUGCAAGUGACAACAUCAUUAAAGUAUUAAUAGGUUAAUUUAUAAUAUUAUUAUUUUAGGAAAUAAAGCAGAUCUUCCAGAAAGAAGUAUUACUUAUGAUUAAGCUAUCAAAUUAGCAUAAAAAUAUAAUAUGCCUUACUUUGAAACUAGUGCAAAGGAAGGAACUAACAUUAAUGAUACCUUUCUAUAAAUUGCAAAACUCAUUAAAGAAUAAACAGAUAAAAUUCCAUAACAAUAAUAACAUUAAUAAUAAAAUAGUUCAUUUAAUAAAUUAAGUCCUACUCAAAAUCAAGAUUCAUAAAAAUAAGAUUAACCUAUGUGUUGUUGA